GUAAAUAGUCCGCGAUCCCCGGUGUUAAUUCCAUGUGAAUGUCGGGAGGAUCUGCGAUCAGAUUUAGAAAUUGCCAAGCUGAUGGACUGACGAUCGAAUACCAGCUCUUGAUUUCUGACCACUUUGACCUCCUCGCAGAAGAUUCUCCCAAAUGGCCAGCAGGUUUUUGGGCCGUUGUGCAAGCCUCUUGGCCCGUUCACCACGGUCCUCUUUAGCUGCUGGCCACCUUCAUCCAGUCACAGCUCAACCUGAGUACCCACCAUGUUCCCAGGUCUUAAUCCGGCCCUCUUUCAGAACCCUGAGUCUGGGUCCAGGACCAGCACAGGAAGAGGAGACAAAUAUCACAUUUAGCCGCACUGAACUUGAUGUGCUUGUUGAGAAGGCCACCACACCACAGGAGGUGCUGUCUUUGUGGACAGAGCGAGGUGGCUCGGCAAAUCAAGCUGGUAUGUGUUUGGUCCAGCUCAGUCGGCUGAUGGUUGAGAAGGCAGAGAGUGACAAGGCGGAUCUUCUCAAAGACCCUCGAUGUGUGGACCUGAUACAGAUGGUGAACUCUCAGGUGACGGGGGUAUGGAACGGCACGCUGGUUUCUCUUCUGCGCUCACUCUCCGUUCUUGGCGUUCCUCUCAAUGCUGCAGUAAUGCGUUCUCUUCAGACAGAGGCACUCUGGAGACUUCGGCGCUUCACGUACCGCCACCUGUGCUUCCUGGCAGACUGGGCAUCAGGCUGGAAAAGUCGAGGGCAGGGGGAUGAAGCACUGAUAACAGCUGUGCUAAAGCAGCUGGAGCUGCGCUGGACUGAGCUGAGCGAUCCACGUAUGAUCAGCACCCUCAUGAGCCGAGCUGCACGACGUUCCCCGCCACUCAUGGACAAGCUGGAGGAUAAGGCUUUGGAGUUGGCUGAGAGGUUCAGUGCUGAGGACAUCCGCAGGGUGUCGCUGGCUUUGGCACUGCAGAGCCGCCGAGCUGUGCCGUUGUUACGAGCGCUGUCCUACCAUCUGCAUCAGAAACCAUCGUCCGAACUCAACACAGCACUGCUGCUGGAUAUUGCUUUUUCUUACGGUAAGCUGCAUUUCCACCAGACUCAAGUGUUCCAAAGGAUGGCAGCCGAGCUUUUACCAAGAUUGCCAGACAUGAGCUCUACUGAAGUCAUGCGCUGUUCAAAAUCUCUGGCCUUCCUGAAGUGGCUCCACCUGCCCCUAUUUGAGGGCUUUGCCCAGCACUACCUGAACAACAGUGACAGGUACAGCACGCUACAGAUGUGUAAUCUUCUCAUGGCGUUCGCCAAGCUUAACUUCCAGCCCAGCAACAAGGAGCAGUUCUUCGAAAAGAUUCAUGAAGCUUUGAAAUCCAGCUGGCAGAGUUUGGAACCGUUUCUACUGACCGAUGUGGUCUGGUCACUGUGCAUUUUCCAGCAGGCCAAACCAGAGUACAUCGCAGCUGUAACAGAUUCUACGUUUCAGAGCAAACUGACAGAUGGCGGUGGUGCUCGUGCUGCAAACUACACAUUGAAGCUGCUUCACAUUGCUACCUCGGCACAGCUGGAGUCUGGCAUCCGUGCCAGCACGGUUCUUCCAUCUUUACCUGAAAAAGUGUCCAAACCCAACCAGACAGCUGUUCAGAGCAGCCUGUAUAAAGCCCUUCAGGUGCUGACUGAAAACAACGCGAACGUCCUGCGCACAGAGGUCAACACAGUCUAUGGCUGGACAGUAGAUGCAGAGCUAGUGGUGGAUUCGGACAAUAAGCCCUUAAACUUGGAAAGCCUGGAAGCUCCACACUUACCAGGAGCGGGCGGCAGUGAGCGCUUACCACAGGGUGCACGCAGGAUGGCAUUUCUAGCGUGGGAGUUCCCUCACUUUGUUUCCAGGAGCAAAGACCUGCUGGGCCGCUUUGCCAUGCAGAAGCGCCACCUGCAGCUGGCUGGGUUUCUAAUAGUGGAGGUGCCGUAUUUUGAGUGGCUGGAAUUGAAGACGGAUUGGCAGCGGGUGGCCUACCUUAAGGAUAAGAUGGGCAAGGCGGUCGCUGAGGACAUGGCUAAGUGAACGAGAGACUGCAAGGGGAAAUCCCUAAACCAAAGUGGAUCUAUAGGGCGAUCAUACAAACAGCAGCCCAACCAGAGACAGUCGGAUGUAAGGAAAAUAAAUGAUCAACUGAUGAAACUGUUAGCUGUCUGUUUCCAAGCUCAUAAUAAAAUGUCUUUUUUCCUGCUAUAUUUUUAAAAUUAAGCCUUAUAAUAAUUUAAUUGGUCAUAAGGAAAUCUGUUUGUCUGAGUCCUGAUUAUGUAUCAUUGCAUAUGUAAAAUGCAUAAAGUGCUGCUGAUGUGGAUCAGAUUCAGAUCAAAGCAUCAUCCACCCAUACAGAUGUGUUUGACUUGAUACAAAUAAACUCUAAAACAGAUUGAUUUGAUGAUCAGAAUAA